AUGCGGACCAGCUGGCUAUAUCCUAUCUUCAUUGCCACGCAUGUCAGCGCCGGCCUCAUUAAGUCCACCACACGUCCGCUCAUUCUCGCAGACACGAACCGAGAUGGCAUCGUCAACGGCAAAGACAUUGCAGACAAAUAUACCUGGACAAAUGAAUGUGGCGCCAUUUUCCUCCCCAAUAUUGGCGAUAAACGCCACCGAUGCACUGCCUUUGAUCUCAAUGGUCUCUCCCUGAGCAACCAGGAGCUGUCGAGCUGUAACGACGCUUCAGGCCAUUUGCUGCUAACCCCUGAGCUGGCAGCCCCAGCCCGAACCGCACCCCUUCAAGGUAUCUCUAAAGAGGCUAUCGGGAGCAUCUAUACGCUUCCGGAGAGCACCUUGGGCUCAGUGCGUGUAUUCUGGAAACAGCCCGGAUUCCUGUCAGAUGCAGGUUCCCCGUGGAGACUCAUUGAUCCUCAGUUCAUAUUCAACGCGAGCAGUCUACGUGCUGGCAUUGAGCUCGCCAUAGACGCUAGAGAGUUGGUUUCUCACCUCUCUGCCUGGAACGGAACGCUUUCUUUGGAGUUUCGAGUCACCGACGGCAAUAUGACGACCUACGAUGCCGUGGCGAUGAAGCAGGCGCCGGUCCUAUUCCACCAUCAUCUGCAGCGCGUACAAGAGGUGCUAUCCGUAAAAGGAAACGAGACUUCCAGUCCGGUGCAGAACAAGUUCGUACGCGGUCUGGAAGACGCUCUAAUGAACGUGGUUGAAACCCCGGCCCUUCACUUACUCAACGGCACCGACGAAAUCUGGGCACAAGACUUCAUGGAACCCGGCUUCGCCAGUAUGCCUGGGCCAGAAGGUCCGAUAUCACUACGCGUCCUGGUUCGUAGUGCGCAAUCCACCAGAGUUGCUGGACGUCAGGUCUUCGAAAGCUUCAGAGGUAAUAGAGUCGGAGGCCAUCAACUGUCGCUGGGGUCUGGCUUUGGGCACGAGGAGAUUGACUCAGGUGGCAACAUCGAGAUUAUCCCACCGUACGUAUCCAAGAACGGGACAUCAUAUAAGCACGGCAGGGUCAUCAUGGGAAAGCACUUUGACAAGCAUCCAGCCAAGUCCAUGACGAGCCUUAUUGAAGCUCAAAUCUACCAGUCUCCCCUCAUCCUAGAGGCUGGCUGGUUGGUCAUUGGACAUGUUGACGAAUUUGUCCAGUUCUUGCCAUACCAGAACGACCUAGGAUGGACCAUCGCAAUUGCGGAUACACAAGCUCCGCUGGCUUUAUUAAAAAAGGCAAAAGACAGUGGCCAUGGCUCCACCCUUGUCACUAGCUAUCCCGAUCUCCGCCAGCCGGAAGGUUUUUCUUUUUACGAUUCUAGCCUUGAGAACCUUACCAUCGACGCGCUGCUGUCUGACGACGAUUUCUUGCAGACGCAGAAAUAUGCACAGAAGUACAUCGACCACAACUUGAAGCUUCUACUCGAAGAGGUACCACUGCCUCACAACCAAGUUCUGCGAGUACCCGCUCUCUUUAAGGAUGUCACAUAUCCCUGGCCAUCUAAUCUCGAUGGAAUCCCCCCACGCCUGCACAGAGUCGCUCCUGGACAGCGUCAACUAAUUGCUUUCCUUCCGGCUGUCAUUAACGGUGUUGUCAUCGGGUCUGAUUAUUUGGCUGCGAAGCCUUGGGGUCCAAUCGUUGAUGGUCAGGAUAUCUUUGAGGAGGCGGUGCGAGAUGUGUACGGCCAAGCGGGGAUGAAGGUACACUUCGUUGACGAUUUCAUGUCGCAUCACGUAAAUGGAGGCGAAGUCCACUGCGGCACGAAUACCCUCAGAGAUGCAACAGUCGAAUGGUGGAGCUAA